UGAACCAGGCUCUGGCCCUUUAACGUGGCCGAUGUAGGACUUCAUCUCCACAUCAUGGCCUCCGCGCAGCCGAGGAUGAAGCGACCCGCCGGCGGCCCUUCCCUUCCCGCAGCGGAGACGGACGUCAAGCCGAAGCAGAGGCACCGGUAGAGGCGAGCCGCGCCGGGGAGAGCCGCCUCACACACCCACCACCCCCCCCACCCACCCCCGAUGCCACCCCGGUCUCCUCCAUGCCUUCGUCUAAAGCCCGGUACAGCGACUCGAUAGAGAGGCGAGCGAGCCCGGGCGGCGGCGGCGGCAGAAACAUGAGCACGAGCCGGGAUUAUUCAGUUAAUCUGUCGGUGCAGCAAGUGCUGAGCCUCUGGGUGCAAGGCGCGACUCUGCAGCACUUCGCAGAGAUGUGGUACUGGGUGUUCCUGUGGUGUCUCUUCUCCUCGCUCUUUGUCCACGGGGCGGUGGGGCUGCUCAUGUUGGUCAUGCUGCAGCGCCACAAGAGGGGCCGCCUCAUCACCGUGGUGCUGGUCAGCGUGGGUUUCCUGGCAUCCCUCUCCGGAAGCGUCAUCACCAGCGCGGCGGUGGCCGGAGUUUACCGCGUGGCGGGGAAGGACAUGGCCCCGCUGGAGGCUCUGGUGCUCGGCGUGGGUCAGACCUCCCUCUCUGUCGUCAUAUCCUUCUCACGCAUCCUGGCCACUCUGUGAAGGAAACCCUCGACCAGGUUGAAGCACGGACGCUGAUGAAUCGAGCCAAUCAGAGACUUAGAGGCACUCGUCCUGACCGGUGGCAGAGAUGCUCUGGACCUUUUAGAGCUAGAUGCAGGACAGAGCGCCCCCUGGGUCCCUGCUCUGUCUCUGCAACAAUCCCGCAGCGAUUCAGAGGGAACUUCCUGUAAAAGAGCAGCGGUGGCGGGCGGAGAUCAGGUGGAGAGAUGGCGCCAUUCCUCAGCCUCUGGACUCAAAAGCCACGUCACGUUCCGGGUGUUUUCCAGAGUUCCGCCGCUUCUUCGUGCCAACGGCCUCCUCUGGGACGAUGCCUGCGUGGCCCCUGACUCUUGAAGGCUUUCUGUUGCACUUGCUGGGAAGAAAACCAGUUUUUUUUUUUUUAAAGUGAAGCAACAGUGACGACCUGAAAUAAACGAUCAGCGUGAGAAGAAGAGGAGUUUAUGGAGCGCAACCACCGACAGUGUUCAUCAGCGUAACUCGCUCUUCAUCAGCUUGAAGCCUCCAGGUCGAUCGCUCCUUUUCCUCAGUCGACUUCAAAGCUGCACCUUCCCACUCACGAGCAACACGCAGCUUUAGAGUUGUGCACUUUGUAAAUGUUGGAGACGCUCUUUGCCUAAGACGUGUGGAAUCAGCGGAUGUGGAGGAGAAAAACCAGCAUCACUGCUACGUUCCCUUCCUCCUGUUUGAAGUAUUGAUUUGUCGUGUGCCAACCGCAACUCGGGAUGGAGACGUUUCUGGGGAAAUACAAUUAUUCACUUCUCCCCCUCGUGUCUGUGCAGUAAAUAUGAAGCGAGACUCUGGAUCUGAAUCGACCUUCCCAAUAAUCACGGGAGAGUUAUUGAUCCGAGGUCGGGCCUGAACAGAUUAUCAGCCACAAUGAUCCUGUGGAGGUUUACAGACACAGAAUCACAGUUUAAAUUAAAUAUCAUGUUUGAUUUUUCUCAGAACAUUGAGAUAAUUGGAUUGUGUUUAUUACAGCCGGGCCACAGACACUGGCCUCGUCCAUCUUCACACACUUUGGAGACAGCUGCCUCCUCCCAGCUUCACUUCUCCUGCACAGACACGAGAUUGAAUCGUUCCUCUCGUCUUAACUCCCAACAGGAAAAUGAAUCCGUGUGUUUUUCCUGAGGUGUUGAAAUGUUUCUUUAAAGCAAACAGAGACAAGCCUGGACGAACCCUCCAGUGGGGGGGGGGGAAGUCGUUCAGUCUGGUUUGAUCAGAAUUUGAUCAGGUUUUAAAGAAAGUGGUUUUGAUAUAUAUAUAUAUAACGGUUUGUCGACAGCAUGAACGUCGGACACACUCGGCUGCUCAGUGGCUUCCUCUUUUCUUUGUGUCGUUGCUUUUAACCCAUGUUCCUUAAGUUUAACUUUGCACAUUGCACUGAAUUUAAUCUGCCUUGUUUUUUGCAGCACACGCGCGUGUGUGUGUGUGCGAUGACACGACUCUGGUGUGACCCCGCCCACUUCUCACAUCAUUAUACCCAGAAGACACUCUUGAGGUUCUUCUUCUGUAAAGGAUCAAAUAUGAAGAAUGUGCUUGAAACUGCUGUACGUACUCGUUACUGAAGAAUAAGAAGAAACUUGGCCCCGUGAAUCCUCCCCAGUAUUCAAACAGAUUCCUUUGUACAUAAGCCCCCGGGUGAGAGGAGUUAUGCCAAAGUAUCGCUCACAUUUUACCUUUUAUUUAUCAUCUUUUACCCUUUUUGAUUAACAUCACAGCCCAGAUUGAAUUCGUUUCUCUCAGUUUUAGAAACAUUUGCACAUUGGCUCGUUUAUCAAAGAGCCUCGAGACCUGUGGUUAAAACGUAUAAACCCCACGGUUGAUGUGAAGAUGGUCGUGUUGUAAACCUGUGUGUGCUGCGAGUCACUGGAGGUAACAGGAGUUAUGUAACUGACACAGCUCACCUUCAGUACCCACUUGGCACACAAGAGGACGCUGUCGCACACGAAUGAAGAGGCAGCAGGAGCCUGAGGGAUGAUUGCUGCUGCAGAAGUGUUUUCUAAGAACAAAACGUGUGAAAUUCAUGUUAGGGAGAAUGAAAACGCCGGCUCUUUCCCCCCUGAACGCUCCGCACAUUGUCCCCACCACCCGCUGUGAAUGUUUUUCAAUUUUCAGGGACCAAAUGUGAGCUGCUGCUGAUGACUCAUCUGCUGUCAUAGCGAUGGAGUCUCUGUGAAGCUGUGUGUGGGGCAGUUUCUGCAGGUUUUCGUGUGGAUGUGCACAUCACGGGAGACGUGACACAGUCUGCGUGGUCGUGCAUGUGAGAAUUAAUUUUCUAUCGCUUCGCAGGGUCGUGCACGUUCGUUAGCGAAGCCCUGAACGUGUGUAAAGAGGGCGAGGACCUAAUUGCAGGUGACACUUUGCUCGGAGGAGUCGUCGCAGCAGCUCACUGAGCUGUGUCUUACAUAAGGAAAUCUUUUCAUUUGCUGCGUCAGGAAAAAAACGCUUUUCUGCAGCUGAAGCUGUCAGAACUGUUCUGAGGUCGUGAGGUCAGUGCGCUCGCUGCACAUCCCUGAGCUGUAAAUAGCCCCAGUGUUCGAUGUGCACAACCGAAGUGUCACCAACAGCUGAUGUGAACAAGAUAACCACUGGACAACAUAUUUAUUUUCACACCCAGUGCCAUGAACGCUCAUGAGGAAUAUAGUUUUUUUGUGUGUGUGUGUGUGUGCUGCAAUAUCUAAGGAGACACCCAGCAACUAAUAAUACCCUCUCGACUUUUAGAAAUGCCAUCGCACUGCAGCGAGAGGCCCAGCUCAAUAAUCCCGGCUCCUUUGUUGGCUUCUCACUGAAGCUGCCCCCUCAGACCACUGUUGUCUAAAUGCCACAUGUUCCCCUGGACUCCGACUCUGCACCCGCUGGGAUUACAUGUGCAGUGCAGCUCCGAUAGUGUGUGAAUGGACAAGUACGGACAAUCCAUCCAGAGACAAUGUACAAAUCCCACAGUGGCACUUGUAGAUAGUGUACAAUAUGUUCUUUUUUUAAUUUUGUACCAGCCGAGCCGCUGAUAUUUAUAACUAUUGCCUAUUUAUGUACAAAUUGUUUCUCCUGUACAUACUCGACAGUAAGUUGAAAUAAAAAUCUUUUGCAGUAUAAACACUU